AUCAUUCAUUGAUAUACGUGAUAAACCUUUCGUCGGGCUUGAAAAGGAAUUCUACAGCAACAAAUUGUUUAUGUUUAGGUGUACAGUUCUAUGAUAAUAAUAAUAUUAUUUCGGUUUUUUUCUCUCUAUCUCUGAUGCUGAUCUUCGUUUAACACGACCUACUUUAGCUGUUAAGUGCUAACAUCGGAGUUGAUAGUUACAGUUUAAUUUAACAUUCGAUCGUAAUAAUACAGCGGUAUUUUAAUAUUUAUCAUUAAACCGUUUUCGAAAAACAAACGAGACCAUGACGUCGUCGAAGUACUGUUUGAAAACUCGCAAUAGAAUGAAACUUCCAAACGCUAAGAAGUUGGACAACGAACAGGAUCAUGAUUUGUUCCUGUCAAAGUUUACUUCAGCACUUAGUUGCGACAGUUUUAAUAGACUCCCGCUUAACUCCACAUUAGGACGCCUGCCAUUAUCUGAAUUAGCUCAGGAACUCAAAACAGGGAAAUUGAUAUCAAAAUUUGAAGAUUUUGAUUAUUACACUGAUGGUGAAGAUGAAUCACCAUAUGUUUAUACAUGUUCAUUUGUAUUGGCUAUAAUGUAUUUUGAACGACUUAAAGUAUCAAAUCCUAACUAUUUGAAAACUAUUAACUCAUCUGAAUUAUUUCUUAUAUCUUUGUUAGUUGCAAGUAAAUAUCUUCAUGAUGAUGGUGAACUAGAUUCAGCAAUUAAUAGUGAAUGGGCUAUAGCUUAUGGUAUUAGUCUAAAAACUAUCAAUCAAAUGGAAAAAGAUUAUUUAUCAGCAAUGAACUGGGAAUUUUUUAUAAGUGAUGAAGAGUUUACAAAUAGACAUAAAGAAAUAGUUAAUCAACUACAUAGUAAUAUCAAGAAAUCCAACUGUGUACUGUUGAAAAUGUUCCUGUUGAUCUCAUCAGUUGUACAAAAAAUAAGAAAGUUGUACCGAAGGAAAAUUGUACGUCAGAAAAUGAAACAUAUGAUCGCCAUGUCAACUGUUAUCACUGUACUCACUGCAACUACUAUGCAACUUAACCCUGGAAAUCAAAAGUUAGUUCAAGAAUUGUUUGAACAAAUUGAGUCUGAUCCAAAUUACCCAACAAUUCCUUCUACUCAAACAAAUAAAAUAGUAAAAUCAGAAAAUGUAAAAGAUAUUUCUAAAGAAUGGCCAUCAUCUAAAUUGCUGCAGUUAUUAGACCAUUUGUUAAUGAUGAACAUAUGUGUAUCUGAUGAUGAUCGUCAGCUAUCAUUUCAAACUACUCUUAGUAAAUCAAACAAAAACCAAUUUCGAAAUAUUACAGAUUUCAAAAAUAUUAUAUUUUUUAAUUAUUUAACAACUUUAAAUUAUACACAUUGAAAUUAAGUCUUAUUUACAUUUGUGUAUUCUCAAUUUACUCAAGUAUAUUUUAACUAAUAUUUUA